AUGCCGAACGUCUUCGCUACCCCAGUGUUCUUCAUUACCUUUAGGGAGACCCUGGAGACCUCCAUUAUCGUCUCUGUCCUCUUGGCCUUCUUGAAGCAAUCACUCAGUACGCAAGACGAUCCGGUUACAUACAAGAAGCUUCGUCGCCAGGUGUGGUAUGGCGUCGGCCUGGGUCUCAUCAUAUGUUUGAUUAUAGGUGCUGCAUUCAUCGGCACCUUCUACGGCCUUGGGGCAGACCGUUGGGCUGCAUCCGAGUAUAUCUGGGAAGGCGUUUUCGCUAUGGUCGCCUCCAUCAUCAUCUCAAUCAUGGGCGCAGGCUUGCUCCGGAUCUCAAAGCUUAAGGCAAAGUGGCAGGUCAAGCUAGCCAGAGCAUUGGAGGCCAAGGAAGGCUCCAAACAUGGCGCACCCCAAAACCGCUUCAAGAACUGGUGUGUGAAGUAUGCCAUGUUCCAUCUGCCAUUCGUCACUGUUCUCCGUGAAGGCAUCGAGGCAAUCGUCUUCAUUGGGGGCGUUGGUCUGUCUCAACCCGCAACUGCGUUUCCUCUCGCAGUGAUUUGUGGCUUGGCAGCUGGUAUUGCUGUCGGCUUCAUUAUUUACAAAGGAGGUAACAUGGCGUCAAUGCAAAUCUUCUUGAUCAUCUCAACAUGCUUCCUCUACUUAAUCGCUGCCGGGCUCUUCUCCAAGGCCAUUUGGUAUUUUGAGGCUCACAAGUGGAACAACGCGAUCGGUGGAGAUGCUGCGGAGACUGGCGUAGGCGCAGGCUCGUACGAUAUUCGACAAAGCGUGUGGCAUGUCAACUGCUGUAGCCCUGAGAUCAAUGGCGGAGGCGGCUGGGGUGUCUUCAAUUCGUUGUUCGGAUGGCAGAAUUCAGCCACAUAUGGCUCUGUUAUCUCGUACAAUCUCUACUGGGUGGUCAUCAUUUGCUGCUUCGCCUUGAUGAGGUAUUCCGAGACCCGAGGUCAACUGCCAUUUAGGAAGGCCAGUACCGUUUCCACUGACGCCAAAGACUCCGGUAGCAGUAGCGAAGAAGAAGGCACCAUCCAAGCCGAGAAGACGGCUGCAGGAAACGGCGCGACUAGCAAUGUUCGGAGUGUCAAAGCUUGA